CAGCCUGAAAUCCGCAGCCCGUGGCCAGGCCCGGAGCCUGCGGGUUCCUUCGCAACGCCCCGAGCGGGGCAGCUGGUGCCGGCUGCGGGGACCCAGCAAACCCGGCCGGGCCGCGGAGACGCCGGCCAGGCCCCUGGCCCCAGCCGGGCGGAGGGCUCGGCCCAGCCUUUGGCAGCAGGAGCCUCGGCAGGAACAGCGCCGGUGGCUCGAGGCGGAGAGCCCAGCUCCGAUGGAGCGAGGGGACAGGCUGCGUGUGGGCGAGCGCAGGGAGAGGCGAGCGAGGGGAACGCCUGACGCCUGCGGCACAGGUUCUGCUGACCCCAGAGCCCAGGUGGUUAUUAAAACGGAGCAGGAAGAGGAGCCAGGCCCGGGGGGGCCCCCAGCGCAGAGGGAGAGAGGAAUUCUCCAUGCCCCCGGCACAGGUAUCAAAGCAGAGAUCGUGGUCAAAACGGAGCCCGAGGACGACGCCUACGGCGAGUGUGCCCAGCAUUACAGUGAAGGAGACGGUCCCGACGACCCCUUCUGUGACGCAAACCCAGAGAUCAUCGUGAAAGUGGAGCCAGACGAUGAGUCGGCCAUUGGCUACCCCCAGGGCCUGAGCGAAGGCAGAAUUCCCGGCUACCCCAGGCCAGAUCAUAACAAGAAACAUUUGGAUGCGGUAGCAGCACAAGAAGAUUUGGCCAAGGCUUCAACAAAAAAAUCAAGUCUGCCCCCCAUGAUUGAUAGCCGAUUUACGGAAAAGGAUCUCAACGACGUCUUUACUUUUGAAUUUGAAAAGCCCAAAUUUGGGCUUUUGGGAAAAGCCAAGAAGAAAUCGGCAACAUGCAAGGUGGAAAAGGAAGUGAACGGAGAGCUCAAAACAUGUAGCUUCAAGACAAGUGAAGCAAGUGCCGUGAAAAGUUUCAACCUUUGGCGGCAUGUAAAACGUAACCAUCCUGAAAACUAUGCGGCUCUGGUUACAAAAAAGGAUCAGGAAGAUGAGGCAAAACAGAAAGCUGACGCGGCUAAACGACGUUCAUCUGGCUCUUUGAAAACUCCUGGAGAAAAGAUUUUUUGCGGCGCUUCAUCCGAAAAGAAACCCAAAAUUGAGCAAACAAAACUUGCCUCAUAUUUGAAGUCCUCAAAGGUUACAGUCACCAUGGAUGUCAAUACUUUCCGUGAAGGGCUGAUGGAAAUGGUUUGCUUGAGUUCAACACCGCUCACUACCUUCGGGCUAAAGAACAAAGGAUUCCAAAAAAUUGCAGGUGAAAUGGGUCGGCAGCUUGGCGUUUCGAUGGGGCACGAUGCGGUUCGUCAUUUAGUUGUCAGCACAGCUGAGUCUGGCCGCAAAGAGCUCAAGAAAGCUUUGGAGCAAAAAUUGUGCUACCUGAAAAUGGAUGCGGCAACCCGUGGAAACAGAAAUUUCCUUGCAAUCAACGCUCAGUACUACGAAGAAGGCAAAGAUAAAGCUGUGGUAAAAACCUUGGACAUAAUCGACACUGAAGGGCGUCACAAUUCUUCGUACGUGAAAGGUCAAGUAAAAGCUAUUUUAGAAAAAUUUGGAAUCAGUGAAAUGCAAGUGCUGAGCAUCUGCGUUGACAAUGCAGCAAACAUGACGUGUGCUGUCAAAAAUGUCAGCGAGGACAAUGAAACCAUUUCUACCUCUGAGAACAGGGAUGUGGACAGAACUGAAGCUAUUUUGCCUGAUGAAGGAACUAAAGGAAUGGAUGAAAUUGAACUCAACAUGGAUGCUGCUGCGCAAUGGGCUAAUGACCCUAGUCUCAUACUUCCAACAUGGCUUCAGGAGGACGACUCAAAAGUCCAGCUGAUGAGGUGUGGUAUUCACACUCUUCAGUUGGCAAUCUGGGAUGGACUGAACAAAGAACAUGCGAAGAAAUUUCUGGCAAAAAUUCGACAAGUCGUUCUCAAACUACGAACCCCAAGUAUUCAAAGUGUUCUGCUUGAUCUACAUGGGAUAACUCAGUCAUUGGAUAAUGAGACUUGCUGGGGUUCAACAUUUGCAAUGAUUGAUCAGCUUCUUGUUUUUCAAUCUUACUGUGAACAAGUGGCUGCUGCUGGAACAAGAGAACUCAAGUUAACAAAAGCUGAAUGGGACGAAGUGAAGAACCUGCGAGACCUCUUGGCAAAGCCAAACCAAACAACCGUGAAUCUUCAAGCUGUCGAUGUAACUCCAGGAGUUUUAAUGAAGGAAUGGCGAAAACUGUCAAAAUUCUUGCAAGAAAAUGGUGGACAAAUUGCGGAAGGAAUUCUAUCCUCCAUGCAGAAACACGAAGAGAAGCUUUUUGACAAUAUUCAUUUCCUUGCUGGGGUUUAUGUUGACCCACGGUAUCGGAUUCUUCUUACCUCAAGGGAAAUACCAAAGGCAAAGGAAGGGCUCCUUGAUAUUGCUCGACGACUCGAAAAACAAAAUCUAUUGUUACAUUUGAACUUGGCAAAAGAGGUUGAAGAAAACAAAACACAACAAAAGGAGUCAUCAACAAUCGAAUUUGCGGUUUCAGAAAGCUCACAUCCUUCAGAAAUAGCAGGCUGUUCUCAAACUUCUGUCUCCACUCCGAACUUGUUCGAGCGUCCAUCCCUGAGACGUCUUCAACCAUCAUGGGGAAAUGGCGAUAAUUCAAGCAUCAAUUCUUCAGAAGAUGACGACUUUGAAAAGGAAUUGGAUGAACAAGAAAGACGCCGGCGAGUUUCUGUGAUUCAUAAUUGUAAUGAAGCAUUAUUCGAGAGAAACUUUCGGGAUGAUUGUGAGGCGAUGGAGUCUAUUGGUAGGCUAAAAGUUAAGUCUGUUUUUGAGGCCAUUCAGAGCUACCCACACCGCAUUCAGGCUGCCUGUAGAAUUGCUUCGAGCAUGCCAACAACUCAAGCUAGUGUAGAGCGACUGUUUUCAGCUUUAAAGUUAAUUUUAAAUGAUUUGCGGCAGACUAUGAAAGACGACUUGAUUGCUGCAAUAAUUUUUUACAGAAUGAAUUAUGAAUGAUUCUAGUUUAUAUCAUUGUUGAUGACAUUUAAAUUGUUUUCAAAGUCUGAAUAAAAAUGUUUUUUUUCAAAAUUA